AUGCCACCAAAAGGAUACGUUCGACGCGCUGUCGCUGCUGCUGCAAGGCGGGAUUUUGGCGUCACCACCGCAUUUACCCCGACCGCCGAGGAGGAGGAGGCGAUAGGGUUGCCAGCGCAGUUGCAGCAGCUGCAGAAACGCCGCGAGGCUCUUGAGAGUCAUUUGGAGACAUUAGACUUGCGCGUGUAUGAUCUGGAGACGGCGUACCUACGGCAAUAUGUGGAGCUGGGCGGCUGUCUCUUCGACGGCUUUGGGUUGGAGCGGCAGCAGCAGUGGGGCGGCGUCACCGCGGCGGCAGCGGCGGGCAGUCAGGCGGCCGCCUACCGUGCGCGGCUGCACUCCUUUUCGCCGAGUGAUCGUGUGUUCACGGCAUCCUCGGUGGGGGCGCUGGGUACGGUGGAGCGCCUCAAGACAAUGGAGGCGACAGGCGAGGGGAAGAGGGGCGGAAGGCGCAAGCGCUCACGCACUGACAUUUGA